UCACUUUUAUUUGUACUUUCCCGUGCAGAUAUCAUAAGGACCCUAUUAGCUUGGAACCAACAAGAACUUCCAUCUCGGUUCUCACGGGAUUUUCCUCUCUCUCUCUCUCUCUUAUAUGAUUUUUACUUUCUUAGCCUCAUAAUAUCUUAACUUUUCGUCCAGUGAGAAAGAGAGGUCACUGUAAUACAAGUGUCAUAAACUUUGUGGUUCAUCUUGCAUGAAUUGACUUGACUGGUUCAGUGCAGAGAGUGAAAAAGCACAUAUACUGAGAAGAUGGCUACUCGCAACAUUGAGAAGAUGGCUUCAAUUGAUGCUCAGUUGAGGCUACUGGCACCAAGGAAGGUUUCUGAUGAUGACAAGCUUGUCGAGUAUGAUGCUUUAUUGCUGGAUCGCUUCCUCGACAUUCUUCAGGAUUUGCAUGGCGAAGACGUCAGACAAACGGUUCAAGAUUGUUAUGAGCUGUCAGCUGAGUAUGAAGGGAAGCACAAUCCUGAUAAGCUGGAGGAACUUGGGAAUAUGCUGACUGGUCUUGAUGCUGGGGAUUCUAUUGUCAUUGCCAAAUCAUUUGCUCACAUGCUUAAUUUGGCCAACCUAGCAGAGGAAGUUCAAAUUGCUUACCGAAGAAGGAUCAAGUUAUUAAAGAAGGGCGAUUUUGCUGAUGAGAACUCUGCCAUUACCGAGUCUGACAUCGAAGAGACUUUCAAGAGGCUUGUGAAUCAACUGAAGAAGACCCCCCUGGAAGUCUUUGAUGCUUUGAAGAACCAAACUGUAGAUUUGGUCCUAACCGCUCACCCUACUCAGUCUGUUCGCAGAUCUUUGCUGCAAAAGCAUGGAAGGUUUGUCCAUUACAUUAAUCAAUAUUCAGUUGUCUUAACUCAGAGUAAUUAUGGUAAUGAUAAGCAGGAACUUGAUGAGGCUUUACAGAGAGAGAUUCAAGCUGCAUUUCGGACAGAUGAAAUUCGAAGGACUCCUCCUACACCCCAAGAUGAGAUGAGGGCAGGAAUGAGCUACUUUCAUGAGACGAUUUGGAAAGGUGUACCAAAGUUUUUGCGCAGGGUUGACACAGCUCUGAAGAACAUUGGAGUAGAUGAACGUGUCCCAUAUAAUGCCCCUGUUAUUCAAUUCUCUUCUUGGAUGGGAGGAGAUCGUGAUGGUAAUCCCAGGGUAACCCCCGAAGUUACAAGGGAUGUGUGUUUGCUAGCUAGAAUGAUGGCUGCUAAUUUGUACUUCUCUCAAAUAGAGGAUCUCAUGUUUGAGUUGUCUAUGUGGCGCUGCAAUGAUGAGCUCCGCUUACGUGCUCAUGAACUCCAUAGGUCCUCAAAGAGAGAUGCAAAACAUUAUAUUGAGUUUUGGAAGCAGAUUCCUCCAAAUGAGCCAUAUCGCGUCAUUCUUGGUGAUGUGAGGGACAAACUGUAUAAUACACGUGAACGUGCACGCCAUUUAUUAGCCAAUGGGACCUCUGAUAUCCCUGAAGAGACAACCUUCACAAAUGUUGAGCAGUUCCUAGAGCCUCUUGAACUCUGUUAUAGGUCACUCUGUGCAUGUGGCGACCGACCAAUAGCAGAUGGAAGCCUUCUUGAUUUCUUGCGGCAAGUUUCUACAUUUGGACUUUCACUUGUAAGACUUGACAUCCGUCAAGAGUCAGAUAGGCAUACUGAUGUUAUGGAUGCAAUUACAAAAUACUUGGAGAUUGGAUCUUACCGAGAAUGGUCUGAGGAACGCAGGCAAGAAUGGCUCUUGUCUGAGCUCAGUGGAAAGCGCCCUCUCUUUGGCCCGGAUCUUCCUAAAACAGAAGAAAUUACUGAUGUUUUGGAAACCUUCCAUGUCAUUUCAGAACUUCCAUCUGACAACUUUGGUGCCUAUAUCAUCUCAAUGGCAACAGCCCCAUCUGAUGUGCUUGCUGUUGAGCUUUUGCAACGCGAAUGUCAUGUGAAGCAACCUUUAAGGGUUGUUCCACUGUUUGAAAAGCUUGCUGAUCUUGAGACUGCUCCUGCGGCAGUAGCUCGGCUUUUCUCGAUAGAUUGGUACAGAAACCGCAUCAAUGGGAAGCAAGAAGUUAUGAUAGGAUACUCAGACUCAGGAAAAGACGCUGGUCGUCUCUCUGCAGCUUGGGCAUUGUACAAGGCUCAAGAAGAACUCAUUAAGGUUGCAAAGGAGUUUGGUGUGAAGCUGACAAUGUUCCAUGGCAGAGGAGGGACUGUUGGAAGAGGAGGAGGUCCCACUCAUCUUGCUAUAUUAUCUCAGCCACCAGAUACUAUUCAUGGCUCACUUCGGGUAACAGUUCAGGGUGAAGUUAUUGAACAGUCAUUUGGAGAGGAGCACUUGUGCUUUAGAACACUUCAGCGUUUCACUGCUGCUACACUUGAGCAUGGAAUGCAUCCUCCUGUGUCACCAAAACCAGAAUGGCGUGCCCUCUUGGAUGAGAUGGCUGUCAUUGCAACAAAGGAGUACCGCUCCAUUGUUUUCCAAGAACCUCGUUUUGUUGAAUACUUCCGAUGUGCAACUCCUGAGUUGGAGUAUGGUCGAAUGAACAUUGGCAGCCGUCCAUCAAAAAGAAAGCCAAGUGGAGGAAUUGAAUCACUCCGUGCUAUUCCUUGGAUUUUUGCUUGGACACAAACAAGGUUUCAUUUACCAGUAUGGCUUGGCUUUGGGGCAGCAUUUAAGCAUGCAAUUGAGAAAGAUUCAAAGAACCUCCAAAUGCUUCAGGAUAUGUACAAUCAAUGGCCUUUCUUCAGGGUCAGCAUCGACUUGAUCGAGAUGGUGUUCGCCAAGGGUGACCCCGGGAUUGCCACCUUAUAUGACAAACUCCUAGUGUCAGAAGAGCUGUGGCCAUUUGGAGAGCGUUUAAGAACAAAAUACGAAGAAACCAAAAGCUUUCUCCUCCAGGUUGCUGGGCACAGGGAUAUCCUUGAAGGAGACCCUUACUUAAAGCAAAGACUUCGUCUUCGUGAUUCGUAUAUCACAACCCUCAAUGUGUUGCAAGCCUACACAUUGAAGAGAAUUCGUGAUCCUGAUUACCAUGUGAAGUUGAGGCCACACUUGUCAAAGGACUACAUGGAAUCAAGCAAGCCAGCAGCAGAACUUGUCAAACUUAACCCAAAAAGCGAGUAUGCUCCUGGUCUUGAGGACACCCUUAUUUUGACAAUGAAGGGUAUUGCUGCUGGCAUGCAAAACACUGGUUAAGAUGCCAUGGCAGUGUUUGUUUUCCUAUAUUAUAUGGUAUAUGUUAUGGCGUCAGAUAUAUAAACAUUUAUAACCUAUAAUGUGUGUCUACUAGAGAUUUGGACCUGCAUCAAAUAACUAUCUAUUAUUAUGCACCAAGGUUUUGGUUAAGGUGUCUAUAGAUCCCCAAUGCUACCAACGAUGGCCGAGCGAAAUGUGAACUAAUUACGUACAACGAUUAAGGUAUUUUU